AUGUUAUAUGUCACCAUUCUCAGAGCUGACCUUCAACUCUCCAAGUCAUAUAGUAUUCAUACCACCAUAAUUCCGACACCUUCUUCGAUCCCAAUGACGCCAUUCAAUUCCACCAAGCGGACGCCACCUAACAAAAAGUCUCGCGAUGUUAAUCUCUCGUCAUUAGCAUGCGCCAUGAAUGUCAAAACUUUGUCACACUGA